AAAAUGGUUGGAAAAUCUCUGCUCCUAUUGGCCAGUGUGCUGCUCCUGGCUCUUGGUGGUGAUGCCCACCAGGAGCUGGAGAAUCUGCUGCUUAAACAGCAGGCGGACUUGCAGUUGUCCAUCGAUGAGGUGGCGGCCCUGCGUCCGCUCUUUCGGGAGUUCCAGGCCCAGUUCGACUAUCUAUACAGUGUGAAACUCCAGAGCGGCGAUGGAAGUGAUAAGAGUUCGGCAGAGGAGCCUCAGCUGGACAGCAACUACCUGCAGGUCUUCGAGGACUUUCGCAGCAGUUUCGCCAUUUACCUGGACGAGAAGCCUCGAGUGGUGUACGACACCCAACUGCCCACCGUCGAGGAGAUAAUGGGGCAGCCCAGUCCCGAUUUAAAUCCAGAUCAGCGGGCGGAGUUCGAGGAUCUGAGGGACAUAAUUCAGGACGUGAUUGACGAGGCCCAGCUCGGCAUCGAUGACCUCGUGGCUCGAGCUGUCCAGCUGGAAACAAAUCUUCUAAAGCUCAACAAACCAAAGAUCGUGACGGCCGCCAUCGUCGGAUUGGGAUACAUGUGGAACUACUGGGGGCGUGGAAGUCAGGCGGCCUACUGCAGCUACUCGCAGGUUCCGGAGUUCCAGAUAGCCCUGCAGUCCAUCAACGACGGCGUCGAUUGCUACUCCCGCACGAUGGCCCUGAUCCUGCGCAUCCAGAACGAAACGGUGGCCGCCGUGAAGGAGAUCAAGAGCAAUGUCGGCAGCCUGGUGAAGAUCUACAAGAAAAUCGUUGCCAAGCAGACCACUGUGGGAAAGAUCCUCUCAGGCACCAUUAAUGCUCUCAGUGCAAUUCGCCGGGUUCACGACAUAAUCGCCGUGGGGAUCGAUGUCUACGGCAAGAUCAACAACCAGUUGCCCGGGGAGGCAAUCCAGUCCGCGCAGUGCGGUGUGAUCUUCGUCAACAGCAUACCGCAAAUGCUGGAAACGGUACAGAACCUGACCACGUGCAUCACCUACGUGAAUCCGGAGAAGCCGGACUACGAGUUCACCCACCCGGAGGAGGAUCGCUACUGGAACACCGGCGCGGAGCCCCCGGAAAUUCCCCACGAGAACGAAGUGGACGAGGAUGACGACGACGAGGACUACGCGGAGUUGGACGACUACGAGGAUCAUAGAUAAGCGGGUGGAAUUUCCACUGAACGAUUAGCGAAGAAAUCUUAAUAAAAACCAUCCAGAUAAUGCUUUCCUCGGCUACAGUAUAAUACAUCGCUUAAAUUAGCAAUGAUUGUGAUUAAAAUAAAGUUUUAAACGAAA